GAUCAUGUCGCCGCCGCUCUUCAGCCUGCCCGAGGCGCGGCUCCGCUUCACGACAUCAACCAGAGACGCUCUGAUAAACAAAAGCAUCAAGCCAUUGUUGAAUGCAUUUAACCAGGUUCCUGGAAGUGAAAAUGAAAAGAAGUGUACCUUGGAUCAAGCUUUUAGAGUUGUUGUAGAAGAAGAAAUAAUAAACAAAGCUCCAUGUGAGAAUCUCCUGGCAAUUAUUUCUCUUGCUAUUAAUGGAGUCACAGAAGGUAUCUGCACUGCAUCAACUCCUUUUGUGCUUUUGGGGGAUGUUCUGGAUUGCCUCCCUUUAGAUCAGUGUGACAAAAUUUUCACUUUUGUGGAGAAAAAUGUUGCUACGUGGAAAUCGAACACAUUUUACUCUGCAGGGAAAAAUUACUUGCUGCGCAUGUGCAAUGACCUCCUAAGAAGAUUAUCCAAGUCACAAAACACAGUCUUUUGUGGAAGAAUUCAGCUGUUCUUGGCUAGGUUAUUUCCACUUUCAGAAAAGUCAGGGCUUAACCUACAGAGUCAGUUUAACCUGGAAAACGUCACUGUUUUCAAUACCAAUGAAAACGAGAGCACUCUGGGACAGAAGCACACCGAGGAGAGGGAAGAAGGAAUGGAUGUGGAAGAAGGUGAAAUGGGAGAUGAUGAAGCACCAACAAGUUGUUCCAUUCCAAUAGAUUAUAACCUGUAUAGAAAAUUCUGGUCACUUCAAGAUUAUUUUAGAAAUCCUGUGCAGUGCUAUGAGAAGGUGUCAUGGAAAACCUUUCUUAAGUACUCAGAAGAAGUUUUGGCUGUUUUCAAAAGUUACAAAUUGGAUGACACUCAGGCUUCCCGAAAAAAGUUGGAAGAACUGAAAACAGGAGGAGAACACGUAUAUUUUGCAAAGUUCCUAACUAGUGAAAAGCUAAUGGAUUUACAACUGAGUGACAGUAACUUCCGUCGUCACAUCUUGUUGCAGUACCUAAUACUAUUUCAGUAUCUAAAGGGACAAGUGAAAUUUAAAAGUUCAAACUACGUUCUAACAGAUGAGCAGUCUCUUUGGAUUGAAGAUACUACAAAAGCAGUCUACCAGCUUCUUUCAGAAAAUCCUCCAGAUGGAGAAAGAUUCUCUAAAAUGGUAGAGCAUAUAUUAAAUACUGAAGAAAACUGGAACUCAUGGAAAAAUGAGGGCUGCCCAAGCUUUGUGAAAGAAAGAUCUCAUCCAGAGUUUCAGCUUGGACCUCCUGAUUCAAAGCCAAUGAGGCCUGUGAGGAAGAGGCCAGCUCCAGAGGACUUCUUAGGAAAAGGAUCAAACAAAAAAAUCCUUAUGGGGAAUGAGGAACUGACCCGCCUUUGGAAUUUAUGUCCUGAUAACAUGGAAGCCUGUAAAUCUGAGAGUAGGGAAUAUAUGCCAACACUGGAGGAAUUUUUUGAGGAAGCUAUUGAACAAGCAGACCCUGAAAACAUGGUUGAAAAUAAGUAUAAGGCUGUGAACAAUUCUAACUAUGGCUGGAGAGCACUGAGACUUCUGGCACGCAGAAGUCCCCACUUCUUUCAGCCAACAAACCAGCAAUUCAAGAGUUUACCUGAAUAUCUGGAAAACAUGGUAAUCAAAUUAGCCAAGGAGCUGCCUCCUCCUUCUGAAGAAAUAAAAACAGGCGAAGAUGAAGAUGAGGAAGAUAAUGAUGCUUUAUUAAAGGAAAACAAUGAAAGUCCAGAGGUGCAACGGGACAAAGCCAUGACAGGCGAGCAGAUCGAGUCCUUUGCAAACAGGCUGGGGGAGCAGUGGAAGGUCUUGGCUCCCUACUUGGAGAUGAAGGAAUCCGAUAUCCGGCAGAUUGAGCUGGACAGUGAGGAUGUGAAGAUGAGAGCCAAGCAGCUGCUGGUGGCCUGGCAGGAUCAGGAGGGUGCUCAUGCCACCCCGGAGAACCUGAUCACGGCACUGACCAAAGCUGGCCUCGGGGACCUGGCUGAAAGCUUCACCAACGACACUGAAAGCAGCAGCUAACUCGCCUCGGAUGCCAACUGACUCACUUGGGGCUGGGGGUGUUGGUAAUUGUGACUCUUCUGGUGCUUGCCAUUGAUAAUUGUUACUUUUGUCGCUAGGUAACAGAUUUUUGAUAGGUAUUUUAUGUUCAGUAAAUGAUACAAAGCUUUUUAGUAAUAUUGUUGGAUUGUCCAGAUUGUCUGAGAGAAGGAUUAGUCUCCCUGGCCUGAAACUAGGAAGCUUCAUCUUUGAUGGUAGUACUUAAAGGGGAGGAUGGAGAGUCCUGGCAGCUUUUGGGGCAGGCUGUAGGCUAGGCACCAGCAGAACUCGGGUGGCUCCCACCAGACAGAGCUCAUUCCUCACAGUGGGAAGGACUGUGUGUGAAGGAUUUUGAAUCAUCCUUUGGGAUGAUGGGAGCUAGGACUGCCAAAAUCUACCUGGUAGAGGUAAAAUAAGGGGGUUGUGGUGGCUCUCCAUGGCACAGCACUGACUUCCAGGGAAGAAGUGCUGUCCUGCACUCCCAGUGAAGCACUGCUUCAGUCAAUGAUCAUGGAAUUUCCAUGCUGGUUUUUAUUAGCGAUUAUUAUUAGCUUCUAAUUUUUUGGCUAUGUAGGAAUGCCCCCAAGUCCUGGUAAACAAAGAAUUUUGUCACAGGUUACUGUAAAAGUUUCAUUUUAAGGCCAUGGUUGUCUGUAGAGGGGUACAAGCUGUUUUUCCUCAAAAUGUGAGAGAAUUUUAAGGUGUUAAGUGGCAGCUGGCUACAACUUGUUCUGGGGCUAGUUUGUAUAGUGUUUUUGUCAUUCAGCAAGAUCUCUCUAAUGGGGCAGUGCUUGGAAAAUAGCUUCCCCUGAACUCUUCUCUGUAUAUCUUCAGCUGUGCACUCACAGCUGUGAAUUCCCAGCAAGAUUAGCUAUCACCUCAAAGGAGAGUUCCUGCCUGCAGAGCCAUUGAUAAGUUUUGUGCCUUCUGCCCCACUUCAGCCUUAAAUGUGAUUAGGAAUUUGAGUAGAGUGCUUCAGUGAAGGUUGGUAGGGGCAGAGAUACAGGAAAAUUAUUGAAAAUAACAGCCCAGGUCUUGGCUCCUGCUGCAGGUAGCAGGUGGUAGAAGGCAGGAACUUCAGCAGUUUCAACUGAUUAAGGGACUUGAGCAUAUUGUGAGUGGAGGUGUACAGGUGUGACUGACAACUUCAGUGCUGGGAAAGCUGAGGAUGACAGUGGGAGGAUGUAAUUUCACAAAGCAGCAACCAGCCACAGGCAGCAUCCCUCCUUCCCCGUAACAGGAUGCAGAACAAGAACUUAACUCUGGAGGAGUCUGUACUGUUCCACUGGGGGCUGUGGGAACAGAGCCAGUACUGUCAGGGGAGCUGCCUUAAUGGGCAGAACUUGUCUUUAAGCAUCAUGCCACUUAAAAUAGAGCCCGAGAGCUUUUGGUGUGCUCCCAGGUAAAGGCGUGAAGGGAAGGUGGCACUGGGGGAACAAUUUCAAGGCAGAAGAGCGAGGUAUGACUGCCACAGCUGAUGCCAGCGUCCCCAGGGAAGGGUAAAAGGACCUUUUCCAAUCAGGUGAGGCACAGGCAAACUCACCCCCCUGCCAACAGAAGUGGAAGUAUUUCAUAUGAAUGUGGACCAGCUCUUCCAGAAGGCACUGGGACACAUCAACACUGGGAACCUGCAUCUGGAGAGGUGAGGGGGUAGAUGACCUUGACAGUGCAUUUUAGGCUGCAGC